GGUCUCCCUGGAGUGAAGGAGAAGAGAGGUGUUUCUUUGUCAAGUUUUUGUGUGGGACUUCUGCGGAAAGGUCUCGCAUUUGCUGACUCCUCCUGGUGAUUGGCAUUUGGGACCAUGGGUGCCCAGUGGAGCAGGGUGCCCUGGCUCCUGCUGAAGCUGUGGACUGUGCUGGUGAUCCUCAGCACUGGGGUCAUGGGGGUUGCCGGACAGAGUCAGGACCCCGCCGAGCCUGGGCCUUCCUGCUACGGGGGAUUUGACCUGUACUUCGUUCUGGACAAGUCUGGAAGUGUCCAGCACCACUGGAAUGAAAUUUACUACUUUGUUGAUCACCUAGCACAUAAGUUCAUCAGUCCCCAGCUACGGAUGUCCUUCAUUGUAUUCUCUACACAAGGCCGAAUUCUAAUGAAACUUACAGAGGACAGGGAGAAAAUUCGAGCUGGACUGGAAGAGUUGCAGAGGGUACUACCAGGAGGUGACACCUUCAUGCAUAAAGGUUUCCAGAGGGCCAGUGAGCAGAUCUACUAUGGGAAUGCAGAUGGGUACCGCAUGGCCAGCGUCAUCAUUGCCCUUACAGACGGAGAGCUGCGUGAAGAUGAGUUUGACUUGGCUGAGAGGGAGGCCAGCCGCUCACGCAGUCUGGGGGCCUCGGUCUUUUGUGUUGGAGUUAAGGACUUCAAUGAAACACAGUUGGCAACAAUUGCGGACAGUAAAGACCAUGUCUUCCCAGUGAACGAUGGUUUUGAGGCCUUGCAAGGAGUCAUCAAUUCGAUCCUUAAGAGGUCCUGCAUCGAGAUCUUGGCAGCUGAGCCAUCUAGUAUCUGUGCAGGAGAGUCUUUUCAAGUGGUCGUCAGGGGAAAUGGAUUUCUGCACUCUCGCAACGUAGACAAAGUGCUGUGCAGCUUCCGCAUAAACGACACCCUCACCUUGAUGAAAAGGCCUCUGGUGGUAAGAGACACGUAUCUGCUGUGCCCUGCUCCUGUGAUGCAUGAGGUUGGAACCACAGCCUCUCUCCACGUCAGCAUGAAUAACGGCUUGAGCUUUAUCGCCAGCUCUGUGACCAUCACCACAGUCAGCUGUUCUGAUGGGACUAUCCUGGCCAUCGCCUUACUCAUCUUGAUGCUCCUGCUGGCUGUGGCUGUGCUCUGGUGGUUCUGGCCCCUGUGCUGCACUGUGAUUAUCCAUGAGUCACCGCCCCCCAUUGAGGAAGAUAGCUUGGAUGAGGAAGAAGAUGGGACUCGGAAGAGAAAAUGGCCGACAGUUGAUGCUUCGUAUUAUGGCGGCCGUGGAGUUGGUGGGAUCAAGAGGAUGGAGGUCCACUGGGGGGACAAGGGCUCCACGGAGGAGGGUGCCAAGCUGGAGAAGGCCAGAAAUGCCCGUGUGAAGAUACCAGAGCAAGAGUUUGAGGAGCUGGCCAUGCGGAUGCUGAACAAUGGCUCACGGAAGCUGCACACCCCUCCCCGCAAAUGGUACUCACCUAUUAAGGGCAAGCUAGACUCACUCUUAAUCCUACUGAAGAGAGGAUAUGACCGUGUGUCUGUGAUGAGACCGCAACCUGGGGACAAGGGCUGCUGUAUCAACUUCAGUCGCAUGAAGUCCAGCCCACCUCCACAAUACCUUGCCUACAAGAACCAGCUGAGUCCCAUUUACAGUGUACCUCACAGCUGUACCCCUCCGCCACCCCAGGGCAUGCUGCCUCCAACACCCAGCAGCCGGCCGGCUUUCCCCUGCUCAUCUCCAACCUCGACACUGCCGCCUCUCCCCACCACACCCCCUCCCACCUCCACCACCUCAUUCUCUCAAACUCCCCCACCACCAAAUCGUGCGCUACCACCAACAUGUUGUUCUUACCUGCCCCCGUCUCCUUCACCGACUGGCUCUCUUCCCCCACCUCCACAAGCGCCUCCAUCCUGUCGGGCUCCACCCCCAGACCGCCCACCGCCUCGCCCUUCUCUUUAGGGCCUACCUGCACCUGGAUGGGAUUUACCAAUGAAAGGAAAACAGAGCCACGAAGAACCAUGCCCCCGCCAUCUCUUCUAGACAAGCCGCUUUAAACUGUACAGACUCAGCAGUGACCUUCAUACACAAGUUGCCAGUGUUACUCCAAGAAGAAAACAGGCAGACUUAAAAUCAGAACACCAUGUUUUCUCCUUGGGGGAAAAAAAAGGACACACAGGUACCUUCUGACUAAUAUUCUGCAUCACCAGUCUGAGUCUUUCUGCUGGACCACAUUUCUGAAUUGUGGGAAACCUUAAUAUUCCCUGAAAUACAGACAAUAGCUUCUGCUUAGCAGGCAUAUUCAGUUAUCUGUAUUUUUGUUUCUAGUGAACUUGUGAAUCUCGCCUAAUUAGCUACUUGUGCCCUGAGCAUAAGAUGAGGCACUGGGCUUGGAAAAGAGAAGAAAAGUGGCUGGAGGAAAAUGGAUGUUAACCACUCUAGGCAGAAUCUGAGUGAUGUGGACAUCACUAUAGAACUCACUAUUGAUGCUGGUACAAGGAAGUGCAACAGGAAUUGCGGUACAGCAGAACUGCUCAUCAAACACAAGGAAUGAACAUGUUAUGUUUGCUCUCGUUAUAGGAUCACUUACGUACACAUAUGUGGAAUACUUGCCAACCAGAUCACUAUGGGAGGAACUUACAGGUAACAUUUGGACACACACCUUUGGUGAAUUGGAAUCUGGGAAGAGAAUUGGUGUGCAGGGCAGUAAAGAAGGGGUUGUACAGGUCAUUUUAUUUCCAGACACACUUAU